AUGACAAUGAAUAAUAUAUUUUCCUCUAUUGCCACUUCCACCAACCAUCUCAAGGCCAAAUAUCAUGGUCAUAUCCAAGCUAACAGAUUCAAACUGCUGAUACAAGAGCUCCAAGAAGCAGAACAGACCAAGGAUCAACUCGACUGGAUAUCUGAACAUCGCCAGGAGACAAGACGGGCUAACAAUAUCAUCCAACGGGAAAUGUAUGUGGGUGCGACAUAUCGCCGCUAUGAAGCCCAAGUGCAGGUUGAAACCCCGCCAGAACCUUCCACCUUGAAAAAGCUUCAGGGGUGCAAUGUCGAGCUCAUGCUACUGAAUAUUGAAUACUUCCAACACCUAGAGCGAAUGGCAGAACUCCUUGAGCGCAAGCCAUCGGGAUGCCUCGUCCAUCGACAUACAAAAAAUCUGCGGCACAAAUCCAAACAGCUCUGGAAUAUCGAACAGAUCUACUGCCAACUUCGUGGCGGCUGCUGCGCUCUCGAAGCCGACCUGCUCGAUGAUCGUUAUGUAACUACAACCAAACGUGGGUUGAAGAAUCGCCAUGUUCAGUUAAUGGCCCUCGGCGGCACGAUCGGAACAGGACUUUUCGUGGGUUCCGGCCAAGCCCUGGCCAUUGGAGGCCCCGCAUCGCUUCUGUUGGGUUAUCUCUUCAUCUCAGCCAUGGUUUAUGGCUUGGUCACGGCUAUUGCUGAGGUAGGUGCCUAUCUUCCGGUACAUGGUGGAACAAUGAGUUAUCAUGGAUUCCGCUAUGUGUCGCGGAGUAUGGGUUUCGCUAUGGGAUAUCUAUACUGGUACUCUCUCGGAAUCUUGGUGCCGUACGAGAUCACAGCUGCCGGACUGGUUAUUGGAUACUGGGACCAGAAUGGAUCAAUCAAUAUCGCGGUGUGGAUCACAGUCAUGAUGGUCGUUAUUGUCGCGCUCAACUUUAUGCCUGUGCGAGUAUACGGCGAGUCGGAGUUCUGGUUCGCCGGGGUGAAAAUCAUCACUCUGAUCGGUUUGUUGAUGGUAUCUUUCAUCCUCUUCUGGGGUGGUGGACCCAGUCGUCAGCGACUAGGCUUUCAUUAUUGGAAUAACCCGCGUCCAUUCAACGCCUAUCUCGCAACGGGAGAUUCGGGCCGGUUCGUGGCGUUGUUGAAAUGCACAGUAUCCAGCGCCAUUGCGUUCAUUUUCGCCCCAGAGCUGAUUGUGAUCAGUGGGGGUGAGAUGGAGUCCCCUCGACGCAAUAUACCCCGGGCAGCCAGGAGAUACAUUUACCGAUUGAUCUUCUUUUACAUCUUUGGUGUACUAGCCAUUGGUGUUAUAUGCCCAUCCGAUGCUAGUCGUUUGACCAAGAGCGACGGCACGGUAAGCUCAUCACCAUUCGUGAUCGGCAUCCAGAACGCCGGCAUCCCCGUUUUAGACCACAUCGUGAACGCUGCCGUCUUGACAUCCGCCUGGUCCGCAGGAAAUUCCUUCCUGUAUAUGUCUUCGCGGUCACUCUAUUCCUUGGCUAUGUCAGGCAACGCGCCACAUGUGUUCAAGACAUGUAACCGAUGGGGUGUCCCGUACUGGGCUGUUUCGGUUUCGGCAUGCUUCUCAGCAUUGGCUUAUCUUGCCGUUGGCAACUCCAGUUCGAUUGUGUUCAACUGGUUCGUCAACUUCACCAACACUUCUGGUUUCAUCUCAUGGAUCUGCUGUUCCGUGGUAUUUCUCCGUUUCCGCAAAGCUGUCAAAGCACAGGGCAUUGAACAGCCGUACAAAUCAAAGAUGCAGCCGUAUGGGGUUUAUUUUGGCCUCGCGGGUGCCACUCUGAUGGCGCUCAUAAAUGGGUUCACAGUGUUCUUCCCAUCGGAAUGGUCUGUGAGCAACUUUUUCACCGCAUACAUUGGUAUUCCUGCUUUCCUGAUUCUUUACUUUGGACACCGGGCACUGUAUUGGAGUGAUCCAUGGGCAUGGCACCCAGAAGAAGUCGACAUGCACACGGGCUUGGAUGAAAUUAUUGCUGCUGAGCAGCCACCAAAACCACGGGGGCCUUGGUGGAAGUUUUGGUAA